AUGCACGUCGUCCCGCGGAUUUCGCCAGGAUGAGCGCGACGCAGGAUGAUGACGAACGUAGAAAACGCUCAUUAGAAGCCGGCAGAGAAAUGUUGGAAAAGUAUAAAGCAAAACAAUCAAGCAAAGACAAGAGCGGAAACAUAGAGUAUGUGGAACAGUCUGAUGAUGAGUCGUUGCUUAAUGAGAAGUCAAUGCAUAAAGAAUCUGGUAUAACUGAAGCCAUAUCCUCAAGAGAUGUAACACACAGCAGCGUUAGUAUAAGCGAAGGAGAGGCAGAUGCUGAUUUGGAAGGACUGGUAGGACGAGUCGCAGAAUUGGAAGAACUGUUACAGGGAAAAGAAGCUAUAGUCGGGGCUUUAAAUGCAGAGAUUGAUCACUUACGAGCAGAAACGUCCUCUCCAAAUUCAUCGCAGAGCCAGGGCAGUAGUAUACAUGGAAGGGAUAUUAUAUCUUUGUAUCAUAUAAAAUUGCAAGAGUUUGAAAAGGCAGUAAAUCAACGUGACAACUUAAUAGAACACUUGACAUCAUCUUUGGAGCAAGCAUUAUCUGCGAGAGAUACUGUAACAGCACAACUUAAUGCUUUGAAUUCCAUACAGUUGAACAAUCCUAUGACAGACAACAUGAACUUGCAGCAAAAAAUUAAAACUUUGGAAACAACAAUGAGUGAUCAAGAAGGGAUAAUUCGUCGAUUAAAUGCACAAUUGACGGAUAUUCGUAAACACGUACAGACAUUGGAAAUGGAGAGAGAAACACGAAAUGCAGAAAUCAGCGAUUACAAAGUACAAAUAAAUAAUCUGAAUGAACAAAUUCGCCUUAGUGCGGCAGAGAAAAAUUUGAAUAUUGAUGAGACAUUGGAGCAACAGAAACAGUACGAAGGACGAAUUGAUAAAAUCAAACAGGAUAUGCAGCAUAUUUUGAAUAAAUUUACCACAGUAAUAAAUGCUAACGCAAUACGCCAUCAACAAGAAUUAAAAGAAUUAAUUUUGAAGAACGAGGAUGAAAUUGCGAAUAUAAAAACCAAGCACGAAGAUUAUAUAAAAGUACUAAAGGAUGAAAAUAAAAUGUUGGCCGAUCGUUUAAACAAGGAAUUACCGGAUUUGGAGAGUAGGCAUGCCAAAGAACUGUCCGUUUUUCAAACACAAUUAUCUCACUACAAGAAAACUGUCGAGGCGUUAAAACUUGAAUUGGUAAAUCAUGCAGAGUCACAGAAAGUUGCUCAAUCAGAAGUUCACCUGUACAAAGUAAAACUUGACGAAUUAAAAUUUGAAGCGGAAAACGAACGGCGUAUGCAAAAUCUGCAUUUUCAGAAAGAGAAAGAGUUGUUAAAUGAACAGAUCAAAUUACACAAAAUUCAACUAGAGGAGAUGACAUCUAAGCACAUUGCUUCAAUGAGUAUCCUUGAAUCUAAGGAAAGUAUUGAGCGAUCACUGGAGCAGGCUUUGUCAAAUGCUGCUGCACUGAAACAGGAGAACAAUACGCUAAAAUUCAAGCUGGAUGAUCUAUCAUGCAGAUAUUCCACAGCACAGUCUAUUAUCGAAAACAGUCAGGUUUAUGACAGGACUCUGAGUGGUAGACUAUAUGUUGGAGAUUUAGAGAAGUCUUUAUCUCGGUUGGAUGCUACAAGUGUAAGCACAGUCAGCGAAUUAGGAGAAACUAUGUAUAAGACUUUUGAUGAGGAAGUUGUUCAGCAUCAGCUGACAAAGCGAAAACUCGAGGAGAAGAUGGAUAUAGAACAGCUGUUGGUCGAGAAAGUUCGUGUUCUUGAGACAGACUUGAUUAAAGCGAACAACAGACUAGAAGAAACCGAGAUAGUGAAGGAAACGUACGAGAAGCAACUGAAGGAUAUGAAAAAUACAUGUGACAAACUUCAACAAGAAGUCGUUUUGUUGAAAGAAUUCAGUCAUGCAACGUCUAAUGAUGCUCCCACUCAGAAUUCUUCAAAAAGUGUUUUGGUGAAUUUCGAGAGCGAUUCAGCUCGGCAAAUAGAGGAGCAACAACGGGAGAUAGAGAGCCUGAAGCUACUAAUGGAGGAGAAAGAGACAGAGAAUGCGAGAUAUAGGAAAGAUUUGACUGAAAUGACAGAAAAAACAAAACAGAUGGAAACGCAGUGCCAACAGUUGACGAAUGGUUUGGCUUAUGCAUGGGCACAGUGCGCCGAAUUUGAAGAAAAAUUGAAUCAGACUCUGGCGUUGAGCGAUAGCAGUAAAAUUAAUACCUCCUUGAAUAGCACAAUUUCAUCUAAAUACUUGAAAAAAAAUCAAAGCUUGGAUGAUAUUAUAUUAAAUCAAAAUACACACACAGCAACUCAGGAAAAAAUUUUGGAAUCGAUUAUUGCCGACACAUUAAUAGAUACAAAAAACAGUUAUCUGAAGAAUGAAGAAACAUACUUAUUGGAGCAUAUACAACAAAUUCUAGAGCCGGACGAAGUUAAAUUAAAAUUAUCUCAUUAUUAUGCACUGUGCGAAAAAAUAGUUGUCGCUAAGACGCAAUCCUUGAUGAAGAAUGUCACUUUGCAGGAUAGCGAAGACUCGCUGCAAAGGUCUUUGGAAAAUUUGUUGCUAGAGAAGGAGAAGAUAAGUCAGGAAAUCGAGGAAAUGAUGAAUCGACGUGAGGCAGAACUGGAAUCUGUUAAAGCGAAUUCUGCCAAAGAAAUCAACAAACUGCGUUCGUUAUUGCAGAAUUUCAAGGAUGGUAAUACAAGCUUAAACGAUCUGAGAAUUGAACUUGAAGCACACCAUGCUAAAGAGAUGGAGGAAUUACGGACAUACUUCGAGAGGAAAUGCUUGCAGAUGGAAAAACAAUAUUCCGAGGAAGUCUUCAGUCAACAGUCAAAACGGAUUUCCGACAACGAUAGCGAAACUGAGGAGCUGACAGAUGAUCUGUAUUUUGGUGGUGCCGGAGAUUGUUUGAACGUGUCAAACUCCCGAGCAGUGACACCUAGUGCCAUCGAGGAAUCUCUGAGAAGCAAGAUUCUGGAUGCUGAAAAUCAAGCACGUCUUGAGACAGAAUAUGAGGGCAGUAUUCAAUCGUUGCGACAGGAAUUACAACUUAAAGUGAAUGAAAUUCAGAAUGUUAAGGCUGAAUAUGAAAAAACGCUCGAAGAACAGAAAGAGUUGUAUGAAUGUCAAAUUCGUGAAAUCGAGACAAAGCUACAGCAUGCAUCGACUGUAUCUACUGUGCACCAGUAUUGUCAGACAGAAUGGGAAGCAUUGGAAAAUGAUGAAUUAUCAAGUCUGCGUAAUGCAUAUAAUCAUCAACUAGAAGAGCAAAUUGCGCUAGCUAAACAGGACAUUGUCAACGCUCUUCAAGAACAGUUUCAGGUACUAUUAUCGGUGGAAACAGACAAAGAAGAUAAUUGGCCGGUCGAAUUAUUAGAACUGCGAGAUAAAUUUACAUCCAACGCUAAACAAGAAAUCCAGGAAUUCAAAAAAAUACAUGCCGCUGAAUUAACUCGUCUGAAGGAUGAACACAAUUGCAUUAUAACUCGAAUACUUGAGCAACAUCAAAGGGAAAUUGCUAGUCUUAAAAUGAAUACUGGUGACAAACAAGAAAUUAAUCGUGUCGGAACUUUCGAAAAUAUCAUGGAAGAAAGAGAUAAUUUAAUCGUUAAAAAAUGUUUAUAACUAAAAUAUUUAAUAUUUAAAUUAAUUUAA